AUUUCUUCGGUAAAUAUCAUUGAACAGGUCUCUUCGUUUUAUCAACGGAAACGUAUUUGCACAUCAAUUUGUAAAUCAAUAGUUUGCAAAUACAAGUAUUGCCCUGAAUACGUAUACCAUUAAAACAACAAUAAUUUAGAAAAAAGAAAUUGUGAAUAUAAAGGUUUAAAAAAAUUCAUGAUUAGAUGAUUACUUCGAUUUCUAUGGAAUUCGUUUUGGCUCAUAAGGAAAUUCCGGAAGUGAAGUAACGAAAGAAGAAAGUCGCCAUUUUGUGUUCGUCGAGAAGGAUAAAGACUGUGAAUGACGGCUUGACUGAGCUGAAUAGCCUUCGUUUAAUUAUCGUUCCUUUGUUUUUUCUUCCAUCAUUCGUUCGGCUGUGCCGUGUUAAACAGCGUUGAUGAUUGGGAUUCCGCGUGACGAUCGACAUAAGAUCACGGUUAAAAUCCGCAACAAUAUGAAAAGGAGUUCUAGUCGAGACACUCCACCUCCUCGCGUCAAACGAAGCAGAUCCUCCAUGGGACGAUACGAUGAUUCUAGCGACGAAAGAAUAACACCUGAAAGAAUCCGUCGUCGCAGUAGAGGUGCAAGAAGCCCAAGUCCCCCAACACGUGCCUCGUCUCAUGCUCGUUAUGUAGAAUCUAGUUCUCACAGGGAUGAUUAUUUAAGAGCACCCAGAGAGUUACCUCCGGAACGCCCUUACAGUUACAAAGUACUUUGUAUCAGUUCAAUUCAUCCGAAAGCAAGCGAUGAAGUGAUUAAAGAUACUCUUUAUAGAGAAUACAAGAAAUUCGGGGAUUUCUCUAUUAGAAUUUCUCAUGAAUUAGAUGAGCGCGUUGCAUACGUUUGUUUUAGAAGUUCAGAAGAUGCUAGAGAUGCAAAACAUGCAAAACCAAGAAUUAUUAUGUACGACAAAGUGGCACUUGUCGAACCAGUUUAUGAGAGACCCGACACCUACCGUCGUCCAAGGUCGAUUACGCCGCCUGAUUAUGAAAGAUAUUAUGCUAGAAGCCCUGGUCCAACAGAUAGACAUAGACCUUUGGAAAGAUACGAAAGAGUUUAUGGACCUCCAGUUGGAUUGCCUCCACCACACAGAGAAAUGAGACGCGAGACAAUUCCUCCACCUCAUCAUGAUUUUGUAAGACCACCGAUUCAUCAUGGUCCCCCUCACGUUCAUCCUGGUGGUCCCCCGCAUCACUACGGGCCUCCAAGACAUAUGAUGAUACGUCAUCCAGUUCAUGGAUUUGAACGCGUGGAGAACAAAAAAGACAAAUUUCCCAAUUACUUGCAUCAUGUUUCACCGGAAGACGAUCCACUGGCAACAAGGACUCUUUUUGCAGGAAACUUAGAAAUCAAUAUCACGGAAGAGGAAUUAAGGAGAAUUUUUAGUAAAUAUGGAAUUGUUGAUGAUAUUGAUAUCAAAAGACCCCCACCAGGAACAGGGAAUGCUUAUGCUUUUGUCAGAUUUCAAACUUUAGACAUGGCACACAGAUGUAAAGUUGAAUUAUCUGGGCAAUAUAUUGGAAAAUUCCAAUGCAAGAUUGGUUAUGGAAAAGCUACUCCUACUACAAGAAUUUGGGUCGGUGGUUUAGGACCAUGGACCUCUGUACCACAAUUAGAAAGAGAAUUUGAUCGAUUUGGAGCUAUAAAGAAAAUUGAUUACAUAAAAGGCGACAGCAAUGCUUACAUUCUGUAUGAUUCAAUUGAUGCGGCUCAAGCUGCUGUAAAAGAAAUGAGAGGUUUUCCUUUAGGUGGCCCAGACAGAAGAUUAAGAGUAGAUUUCGCAGAUGUAACACCGGGAUUUGGAUUCAAACCUAGGCCUUACCCGGAAGAAAGUGGAGAAUUCCGACCAAGACCAGUUGAUUAUGAGUCCUCUUAUGAUCCGUAUGGGCCAGAUAGCGACUUCGGCUAUGGACCAAGAGGACUCAGAGGUAGGGGAUCUGCUCCAUGGCAUGAGAGGAGAGGUGGAGGAAGAGGUGGUUACCGUGGAACUUAUCCAGAAAGUUAUGUAAGAGAUGAAGCUGAUUGGUCUAGUCGUAGACCACCCCCAGAGUUAGAAUAUGAAGCUCCGAGAAGCUUACGUCGGUCUCUGUCGCGGGAACCUGGUGUAGAUAGAUCACGAUCACGGUCUCCUCGUAGAAGGCAAAUAGAUUCAGAUUCAGAUUCAGAAAAUACUCGUACAGGAAUGCUUUCUACGUCUCGAACAUUACCUGAAGUUGCUAGAAAAUCAAUAGCUGUAUGGCAGGGAGCAUUAAUUUUAAAGAAUUCUCUAUUUCCAGCCAAAUUUCACUUAACCGAUGGCGAUACAGAAAUCAUUGAAGCUUUAAUGAAAGAUGAGGAUGGAAAACAUAUGUUAAGAAUUACACAGAGAUUACGUUUAGAUCAACCAAAAUUAGAUGAUGUUUCAAAAAGAAUUCAAACUUCCAGUUCACAUGCGAUUUUCUUAGGAUUGGCUGGUUCAAGUACAGUUAUUUCUACAGAUGACGCUAAUGUACAAACAAGACCACUGCGUAAUUUAGUGUCAUACUUGAAGCAAAAAGAAGCAGCAGGAGUUAUUUCGCUACUUAACAAAGACACAGAGGGUACUGGAGUUCUUUAUGCAUUUCCACCUUGUGCAUUUUCUACAGAGUUAUUGAAAAGAACCUGUCCAAGCCUCAGUGAAGAAGGACUCAAAGAGGAUCAUCUGGUAAUCGUCGUUGUUAAGGGGGGUAGCGCCUAAGUUUUCUUCAUGGUCAAGGUUUUAAAUUUACAUAUAUACAUAUGUAUGUAUGUAUGCGUGUAUAUAUAUGUGUGUGUGUGUACAUAUAUAUGUGUAUAUAAAUGUGUGUGCGUAUGUGUGUAUGUAUGUAUAUAUACACAUGUAUUUCAUAUAAUUAUAUGUACAUAUAUAUAUGUAUAUACACGAAUGUGUGUACAUGCGUAUGUAUGAGUGUCUGUGCUUGUAUAUACAGACUGAAGUGUUUAGUUACUCUCGCUUUAAAUAUAUUAUUUUCAAUUUUUUAAAAACUGCUUCAUAUAGAACAUGAAUAUGAGUUUUGAAAAAUUUAUGUAAGUAAAUCAUAAUGUUUUUACGAUACUUAUUAAAAUCAACAUUUUGGUAAGAUUUUUUUUUAGUUCUAUAUUGAGAAGGUGAAUGUUGUCAAGAUUAUUAAAAAUUAUGCAUUCUGCAUAAUGCAAUAAGAUCAUUUUAUUUUAAAAAUAUAUAUAAUGUAAGUUAAAUUUAUUAAAUACCAUAUUUACUGUACCAAAAAACAGUGGUCAUCUAUAAUAGAAAGUAAUAAAAUUAUUUGUUGAGGUGCAAACACAAAUCAAAUUACGUUAUAUGUUCAAAUUAAAAGAAUCAGAAAUUUGAUGUAUUUAAUGUUAGAACUUCCUGGAAGAUAAAUUGAUUCUAUGUGAAUAAUUUUUUAUAAUUGCAUACAAACAAAGUAGAAGACGCUAAACACAUAAGUCUAUAUAUACACUGAAAACAUAAAAUUUUUCUGAAUCUGAAUUGCUGAAAAAUGUUUAAACAAUAAUAAGGAUAAUAGAAAAGAUCGAAUGUAAUAUAUUUUCCAAAUUGUUUGCUAUCUAUUUAUAUUAUCAUUUGACAAGUAUAUUUUUAUUUUUCUUCAGUAUUUUAAAAACUACAUAACUAUAUUAAAAAGCAGUUCAGUAUUCUAUAAGUUUUGACAGAACAUAUAAUUAAGUUAUUCUAA